GAACACCGCAAAUGAGCAAAGCGAAUUGGAAUCCCUCGAUUUGAUUGAGCUUUGAGCUUUGAGCUUUUGGGGUUUGGGGUUUUAGCUGCAAACAACAACGAUCUUCCUGAAUCCUUUUCGCCAUGGCUAGCACCAAAGUUCAGAGGGUUAUGACCCAACCUAUUAACUUGAUUUUCAGGUUUCUUCAAAGUAAAGCUCGCAUUCAGAUUUGGCUCUUCGAGCAAAAGGAUUUGAGGAUCGAAGGCCGAAUCAUCGGUUUUGAUGAAUACAUGAAUUUGGUUCUUGAUGAUGCUGAAGAAGUGAACGUAAAGAAGAAUAUCAGAAAGACAUUAGGGAGGAUCCUUCUUAAAGGAGACAACAUAACGUUAAUGAUGAACACGGGCAAAUGAUAAUGAACAUUGAACAGAGGGAGGCAGAACUGUGAACCAUACAUUCUAUCCAGCAAAGGAGAGGCAGAAUCAUCUUUCAUUUCAUUUCAAUUACUAUUUCACUUAUAUUGAGUAGGGGAUGUGAGGAAUUUUGUUAUGUAGAUUGAUUUUUCUGGCACUAGAUGAAUUCUUAGUUCAGCUACUCAUCAUUCUUGGUUUGUUUUUCCCCAUGAUUCUGCCUAUUCUGCUAGGAUCAAUAUCUAGACUAAAGCUGGGAAGCUAACUGUAUUAUGAUUGAGGCAAAUAUAUCACCAAUGUCAUAUAACCUUUUUCCUGUUUA